AUGAUGUUCCAGCUAUACGGUACCCGACAAAGCAAUCCGGACGCUUAUUCUAAAAGGCAAGCAAUUGCAUUCUCCCCUGCUGAAGAACAUCCUAACCUUUGCGCUCGUCUUUAUCAGCUUUGUUACCGCAUAUGGGAUGGUGUCAAUGGAUGGUUUGACUUACCUGUGUGGUCUAUCCACAAGGGAAAAUUUACCACCCAGGUUUCUCCCAGCUGCAAUGAGAAUGCCCAUGUGCUACCUGAAGUUCCUCGACUCGACGAAGAUGGCAUUGAAGCUAUCGAUGUUCUUGAAGAGAUUGGACUCCGCGAGAGUGUGGAGUUCAUGAUGCAAACUGGUAUGGUUUACUGGCUCAACAACCAUGUGGUCUAUCACGGUCGUGACUCUUGGCGAUUCAAUGGUGACACAGAUGCGGACAAGACGCAGACCAAGGAGGGUGCGGACGGCGGUCGUCUCAUGCUUCGCAUGUGGAUUUCUCCUUACGAGACACGUGAGCUGCCCAGCACGGAAAAGUACAAGCUUUGUUGGGGUUCCACUGAGGCUGGAGUGCUCCGUGGAGGACUCGAGCCUGCUAUCAAGUCGGGAUUAUCCCCCCAGCGAAAGGAACUUGUCGAUGCUGUCAGCUCUGGGAAGGUUGACUACUACGGUCUCUUCAGGUGCAAGUACGGCCUUGAUGCUUUUGAGGUGUAA